AUGUUAUUUGAUCUUAAUGAAGUUCCUACAGAAGAUGAUCUUGUAAAUACUUCUACAGCCAAUGACAGAGAAGAAGGGGAAUUGACCGAGUCUGAUGCUUGUGCCAAGGAUAAUUCUGACUACAAGGGUAGAUUGCUGCGAGAGCAGGGGAUGACGGAAACUGCAAUAGAAUCGGUGAAAGAUGAUGUACAAGAACAAGGUUUGGCGGUGAAGCAGAGAGAGGUUAAAGGAGUUGAAGCAAGUUAUGCAAUUAAGUGUGCUAAUACCAUAGUGAAACGAAAGAUGGAUCCACGUAAAGAGGCAAUGUUGGGAAAGAAACGCAGUAGGCAGACCAUGUUUCUUAAUCUGGAAGAUGUUAAGCAAGCAAGUUCUGUUAAGACAUCAACACCUAGGAGACAGAACUCUGCACAACCUGUCCUUACUGCUGAGCUUGGGGGAGAAAUUCAAAGCCUUGGUUUAUGUAGAGAUCAAAAGGCAAUUGAUCUUCCUUCUAAUGGCGGUAUACAUCCAGAAUCCUCUGGACGGAAGUCCGAAAGUAAUGAUGAAUCAUAUUCCGGUCUACUUGGUAAGCCUAGGAGGCUGAACGGGGAUGGAGGAUCUUCUGCUGAAGGGAUGAGAUCAUCUGUGUCAAGGCAGGCGUCUUGGAAGCAGCCUACAAAUUCACGGCAGCCAAAGAGCGGUCAUUCAUCUAGUAGAAAAGUAUCUUACAGCCAAAGUACUUUCAAGAAGCCAGCCACAAUUAGAACCCAGUAUCAGGAUACAUCAGUGGAGCGUCUUAUACGAGAGGUGACCAACGAAAAGUUCUGGCGUCAUCCUGAGGAUACCGAACUCCGAUGUGUACCUGAGCGGUUUGAAUCUAUGGAAGAGUAUGUCAGAGUUUUUGAACCGUUACUUUUUGAGGAAUGCCGGGCACAACUUUAUAGUACAUGGGAAGAACAGGCUGAGACAAAUUCAUAUGUGAAAGUUCGAAUAAAAUCCAUCGAAAGAAGAGAGAGAGGAUGGUAUGACGUUAUACUCCUGUCUUUAAACGGCAGUAAAUGGGCUUUCAAGGAGGGAGAUGUUGCAGUUCUUUCAAUUCCUGUGCCUGAAUCAGAAGAAGAGCACGAGGAUGUGGGACGUGUAGCUGGUACAGUUAGGAGACAUANACCAAUUGAUACCCGUGAUCCUCUUGGAGCUACUCUUCAUUUCUAUGUUGGAGAUUCUGGUGGCACUAGCAGGUAG